UUUACAAUCCAAGGUAUUAAUGGUCAAUAGAUGGACAUCACAAUCCAAAUGUAGAAAAAAAGGACUACAAUUGCCAUGACCGCUGGAUGUUCAAGUCCACGAAGUGCCUCAUUUCCCGAAUGAUGGAUAGCAUCCCUGUUAUCUUCACCUGGAUUCUCUAUUGCUAAUAUAUAUAAGAUGGUUAGAUGGGCCUUCAUUAACAGAUUGAACAAAAAUUUCUUCUCACAUGAACAAACACCAAGCUAUCAUCAUUUGCUCCCUUGUACAAAACGAACUGCAAAUGCACUCCUUGUACUCAUUUACCUAAUUAAAUUUAUGACAGUUCUUUAACCUUUAUAAGGGACAAUCUUGCUUGUUUUAAUAAAUGGAUUCCCAUUUUUCAACAAUUACAUAUUACAAAGUAUGACAAUAGGAAUCAACUACAUUUGAAGGCAUCCUCAAGGAGUCAUACAUUCAAUACCUCUAUGUACAUAUGAUUGUAAAGGUCGAUGCGGGUCCUUGCUGAUAAAAUUUUGUUGAAAAUCAUAUAUUUAGAGAGGAUCAAGAGAAGUUGUUGACAGAUAUGUUGCAGUACAUACUGGGUGUAUAUUUUCUCAUUCAUGUAUGCUAGUGCAUGUGAAUAGAUCAUAUAAUAAGUUGUGGAAACUGUUCCAUGUACAAUGUUGUUCAUGUGAGACAAAUAUACAUAUAUGCCUUGAAUGUUAUGCAUUUCUCUGACCCGCUCAGCUACUGUAUUAAUCCAAGAAAAUUUCAGAGUUAACAUGAACAACAUAUUCUUGGUACAGAAAGAGGCCAGUUGUUCAUUCUAAGUCCUUGUAGAGUAAGUUUAUUUUACAACUGAAUGACCUGCAAAUGAUGCAGUUGCAAUCCUACUUCCUUCUAAUAUUACUGUAUUUACUCUUGAUUUUUCUGGAUCGGGCUUAUCUGGUGGAGAUUAUGUCAGCCUUGGUUGGCAUGAGUGGUUUCUUUUCUAUGGAGCAACCAGCAAAUUUCAUGCAUAGGGCUUUGGGGAUGAUCAAUGGGUGCCGUCACGAGAUUUCAGGUACAAUUCCUACAGAAUUAGGGAAUCUCAAGAAUUUGGUUGAGUUGACGUUGCUACGAAACAAUCUGACUGGUCUAAUUCCUCAUGCUUCGAGUAAUUUGAGAAACCUUGCAUUGUUACCUUACAUUGUUGUUGGUUCGAUUCCUCCUGCAGGUAAGCUUGCAACAGUAAUUUGUUUAUAACUGCAGGUAUAUGUGUGGCUUUUUGGAUUAUUAAUAAAAUUCCAUCAUUUAAAAAAAUGACACAACUGUGUAAAUAUCUAGGAUGAUUACAUAGUUGAAAUGAGAAUGUUC